GCUCUGCCAGCAAUGCCCAAACGAAAUCCCAGGUGCUAGUAAGUAUAUGAGCAUGGGCAUCCAUCUUGCAUGCUGCCCGUUGGAGAGCACAGCCACUACUGUAGCUGGCAGCUAUAGCAGAGUGUUUGCAUUGCAGCGUACUGCUGCUGUGCUGCCUCCCUACCCUCUAGAUGGCCACCAGGGUCGCACUUGCACCUCCCAUGGUGGCCGUAGCAUCAGUGGCAGUGCUACUCGUCGUGUGUGCUGCUGCAUCAGUUGCCGGGCAGGGGCAACUCCAGGUCGGCUACUACAACAAGACUUGCCCGGCAGCGGAGCAGAUCGUGCGCAACGAGACCACGGUCGCCAUCGGUAGCUCGCCGGACCUCGCCGCCGCGCUCCUCAGGCUGCACUACCACGACUGCUUCGUCCAGGGCUGCGACGCCUCCGUGCUUCUGGACUCGACACCCAACAACACCGCGGAGAAGGAGUCGCUGCCCAACGGCAGCCUCCGAGGCUUCGACGUCGUGGCGCGGGUCAAGGACCAGCUGGAGAAGGCGUGCCCGGGCACCGUCUCCUGCGCCGACAUCCUGGCCCUCAUGGCCCGCGACGCCGUCUCGCUGGCCAGGGGCCCCUCCUGGCCCGUGGCGCUGGGCAGGCGGGACGGCCGCACCUCCAGCGCCGCCAGCUGCGGGGACCUUCCGCCGCUGCACGGCGACAUCGGCCUCGUGGUCCAGGCCUUCGCCGCCAAGGGCCUCGACGUCAAGGACCUCGCCGUGCUGUCCGGCGCGCACACGCUGGGCAAGGCGCACUGCGCCUCCUACGCCGACCGCCUCUACGCCUCCGCCACCUGCACCACGCCCGACCCGGCGCUCGACGCCCGCUACGCCGACAGGCUGCGGAUGCGCUGCCCCAGCAACAGCAGUAGCACCAGCAGUACCGCGGCGUCCGAGCUCGACCCCGGCAGCUGCACCACCUUCGACACCAGCUACUACCGCCACGUCGCGCGGAGGCGCGGACUGCUCCGCUCCGACGCAUCGCUCCUGGACCACCGCUUCACCAGGGCCUACGUGCUGCAGGCCGCCUCCGGCAGGUUCGACGGACACUUCUUCCACGACUUCACCGUCUCCAUGGCCAAGAUGGCAGCCAUCGGCGUGCUCACCGGCGACCAGGGUGAGAUCAGGAGAAAGUGCAACGUCGUCAACUGAACAGCAGCUGAUUGUUGUUCAUUAGUACCCUUGUAGAAUAUAGCUACAUCGAUCCCUGCCUAUCAUGAACUCGCAAUUGCAUUAUUGUUUGUACUGUAAUGAUGAUGAAAUUGUUAUGAACUAGCUAGAAGAGAACCGAUUUCUUCCCGGUGGUAAUUGUUAAGCGGUGGCAGCUCUGCACUCA